UCGCUCUUUCCUUGUGCCAUUUCUCCUCUACGAAUCUCCGCGAGGGGAGAAAAAUAUCAAGAAAGAGCCAAUCUCGAAAUUUCUGCAAAAAUAUUGUCGAAAACUGAAAUUCUCCGCUUCAGGAUAAACUGUCAUUCCGUGGCCUUUCAGGCUCGAGGCUUGUGAAUUGUGAGAAAUUGAACAAGAGUUUCACUUUAAUAAUACCCAUUCUGAGUUUGAAGCUUAGCUUUUAUUGGAAUAUAUUAAGAUCUUAUUGUACUGGUGAUACCCUGCAAACGACUGGUUUCACUUCAAGUUCAACAAUGUCUCUUUCUGGUUCUUUGCAGUUGUCCUAUGAUUUGGGACUGUGCAGGAACCAGGUAUACAAGAAAAAGUUUAAGUUUCCAUUUGGAAGGGGGAAGCUGGAUUUAUUGAGCCCCGACCUCUCAUCCCGUGAUUCGUUCGUGCGACAGGAUGCCUGGAGAAGUCAUCUCUCCAACAAUUUGUACAGGACAAUGCAUUCUGUUCCAUACAGAGACAAUGCCUUUAGGUGUCAUGCUUUUGGAGUGCCUCCCCAAAUUCUUGAACUACCUGGUGUAAAAACUGCGUCCAUUGCAUUGACAAGGUCAUACAAUAACUUACAAGCUAGUCCUACUGUUCUUAAGUUGAUUCCAGCUGUUAGUAUUAUAAUUUUUGCCCUAUGUGGUGUUGAACCACUUAUUCGACAGGGCAGAAACUUACUUCUCCAUAGGAGUGAGAGUAGUUGGAAGAAGAGUAGAACACAUUAUGUUACAACUUCUUAUGUUCAACCUUUGCUUCUGUGGACUGGAGCAAUACUCAUGUGCAGAACACUGGAUCCAUUAGUUCUCCCUACAGAAGCUAGCCAAAUUGUUAAACAACGGCUUUUACAUUUUGUAAGAUCAUUGUCAACUGUGCUGGCCUUCGCGCUUUGCUUAUCGAGAACAGUUCAGAAAAUGCAGAGAUUCUUCAUGGAGACGAGUGAGAUCAGUGAUACAAGAAACAUGGGUUUCCAGUUUGCAGGGAAAGCUAUUUACUCUGCAGUUUGGGUCGCUGCUGUUUCAUUGUUCAUGGAGUUGCUGGGUUUCUCUACACAGAGGUGGCUAACCGCUGGAGGUCUAGGGACAGUUUUGCUGACUCUUGCUGGUCGUGAGAUAUUCACAAAUUUUCUUUCUAGUGCAAUGAUUCAUGCAACUCGACCUUUUGUUCUGAAUGAAUGGAUUCAAACAAAGAUUGAGGGAUAUGAAGUUUCCGGUACUGUUGAGCAUGUUGGUUGGUGGUCGCCAACAAUAAUAAGAGGGGAAGAUCGUGAAGCAGUACACAUUCCAAACCAUAAAAUGGCUGUCCCUUUUUUGCUGUCCCUUUUUUCCGGUACUCAUUGGCGCAUUAAAACUCACCUGGCCAUCAGUCACGUGGAUGUCCAUAAGAUUAAUAAUAUAGUUGCUGACAUGCGCAAGGUCUUGGCUAAGAAUCCUCAGGUCGAGCAGCAGAGAUUGCACAGAAGAGUAUUUCUGGAAAAUAUCAAUCCCGAGAAUCAGGCUCUUUUGAUACUGGUGUCCUGUUUUGUAAAGACUUCCCAUCUUGAAGAGUACCUAUGUGUCAAGGAAGCUAUACUUAUGGAUCUCCUUAGAGUCAUCAGCCAUCACCGUGCGCGGCUUGCCACACCAAUUCGCACUGUGCAGAAACUAUAUGGUGAUUCCGACUUGGAGAAUAUACCAUUUGCAGACUUAAUGUAUAACCGUGAUGGAGGAGCAUCUAACAGGCCACUUUUACUGAUUGAACCCUCUUACAAGAUUAAUGGUGAAGACAUAACUAAAGGUCGUUCCUCACGUCCAGCUGGAGAACAAGACAGUAAAACCACAGUGCGGCCUACUGCAGACGCUAAAGUAGACAACAAAGCAGGAACGACACCAAAGCCCGACUCCAAGUCCAAAGGAACACCGGCAAUUGAACCUGAAGCAGAUGCCAAGAUUGGAGAAAUUCCAAAUUCCGACACCAAGGAGGAAUUUAAGGCAGCAUCCGAAUCAACAUCCGAUCCCAGGACAGAUGAUAAAGUGCCCUUGAAAUCACCAUCAAAAUCUGUCCCCAAAACAAGUUCUAAAGCUGCAGAAGCAUCUGGUCCCAACCGAAAAGUUCUGGAUUCAAUCUCUGAUAAUCUGCUCAAAAACAAAAAGGUCACUGACAAGCAACAGAAAAUUGCAAGGCGGAGUAGCAAGUCGGAUAAUCCUUCAGUAUCCUCACCAGAAACUGGUAUAGACAAAGUUGGUGUACCACAAGAACAGUUCCAAUCAAAGCAGGAAGGUGAGAAGCUGGCGGUCUCUCGGCCACCAAAAGCAAGACAUGACUUGGAGGAAAAUAUGGUUCUUGGCGUAGCACUAGAGGGCUCAAAGAGAACACUACCUAUCGAGGAAGAAUUGCCUCCAUCCUCAGCAGAUGCAAAAGAACUGGCUUCUGCAGGCCGGAAUGGAAACGGAUCCACUACCGAGGACAGGAAAGAUGGUCAGAUACGAUCCACUCUAAAGACCCUUGAUAAUCAGUGAUGUAUUCGAGACGUGACAAUCGAUCCUCAGAGGUAACAACCGAUCUCUUCAU